AUGCCCACGACACUUAUCUUGCCCCCAGCCCCGUACAGACACCGCAGUACAGACACCCCUGAAGCCCCCAGUACAGCCAUCUCUGGCUCUCUACCCGAACCAUCUCCCCGGGUACAGACGCUCCCAGGUCAGCCCCCGCCCCGUGCCGGUGCCCGCGCCUGUGCCGGUGCGCGGCGGCGGGGGCGGGCGGCGGCGGCGGCGGCGGGGGCGGGCGGCGGCGAGCGGGGCCAGCCCCUUCCGGCAGCCAUGGAGCCGGAGGAGCUGGGCGAGCUGGGGGAAGCGGUGCGGGAGCUCUCGGGGGGGUCCCAGCUGGGUGGGUGGGGGCUGCUGGAGCUGGCGGCGGCCAGCGGGGUGGCCGCUUGGGCCACCUGGGCCACCCUGCUGAUGCCAGGCUUCCGCCGCGUCCCGCUGCGCCUGCAGGUGCCCUUCCAGGCCUCCGGGCCCCAGCAAGUGGCGAACGCCCUGGCGCUGCUGCGGGGCCGGCGCGGCAAGACGGUGGACCUGGGCUCGGGAGAUGGACGGCUCGUGCUGGAGGCCUACAGGCAGGGUCUGAGCCCUGCUGUUGGCUAUGAGCUCAACCCCUGGCUGCUGUGCCUCUCCCACUACCGGGCCUGGAGGGCUGGGUGCCACGGGAAGGUCUCCUUCCUGAAGAGAGAUCUCUGGAAGGUGAAUCUUUCUGACUGUUACAACGUGAUCGUGUUCCUGGCCCCCAGCGUGAAACCUCCCCUGGCCACCAAGCUGCUGGCAGAACUCCCUGAUGAAGCUCGGGUGGUGGCUGGACGCUUCCCCUUCCCCUCCUGGACCCCCAGCAGCACCCUUGGGCAGGGGCUGGAGCAGGUCUGGGCCUAUGACAUGAAGGAGGUGAGGCAGGCAGCAGGGCACAGCCCUGAUGGGAGCCCAGUCUGACAGCAGCCUCCUUGAGCCUGGCACAGUGGCUUGGAGCUUCUCCAGGGCUCAGCAGUGAGAGGCCUCCUCAGCCAGGCUUUUCCUGAGGGCCUGCAGCAUGGCAGUCCCUUGGUUCUCCAAAGAACAGGCAGCUUGGAGGGGAAAAGCAGACCUGGAAAUGCUGGAACUGUCAAGAGGAUUGAAGAGCUCCACCUCCAGUGCCUCUUUCUGAACCUUUACUGCUUUAUUUCCAGUGAAUUUUUCCAAACAAAA